AUUUUUAUCAUGAGAUUAUCAUGGGACAGAACUUAUGGCACGACUAUGUACUUGAAUAGCUAACAAUAAAUAGUUUUCCUAUAUCCUCAUCAUCAGUAAUUUCCAAGUUUACACAUUAUGUUUAUUCCACACCUAGACAUAAAUAUCUUUAUGUGCAGGAAAUAUUAUAGAAGAAGAAUACAAUCUAAGACUUAAAGGUAACUAAAGUCAGUAAUACUUGCUGAACAAAAGUACUUGAAAUAUAAAAUAUAAUUACAGCAGAACCAGAAACAAAUUCAAAUUCUAAAAUAUAACUAACUUUUUUAAAAAAUAUUUCUGCUAUGGAUUUUUCUAAUAUUAAUAGGUUAUAGAACUUAGGGGCUAGGUAACUGAAAAAUCACAGUUUAACAUUGGUGUUACUAUUUGGUAUAAUAAGAUGUCUGCUGAAGUUAUUUCUAGUGCAAUGAGUUUGAUUGACUGUUUCAAUAGAGGAUGGCUUGGUAUAAACAAACAGGCACACAGAAUAGAUAUACAAAGUUCUAACAUUUGGAACUUCUUCCGAAUAUAAGAGGGCUGUAAACUAUAAUUUAUUUUUUCUAAAUAUAACUUUGAAAAUAUAAUCCUUGAACCACAUUUAAUUGUUUAAGAGAGUUAUUGUACAGACCACCCCAGAUAGGAAUUCCAUAUCUUAUCAAAGAUUCUACUAGAGCUUUAUAGACCACUAUCAAAUUUUUUUUGCUUAAAAUAUGCCUUAGACUAGAAUCUAGGAAUAAGUUAGCAAGUUGUGCAACAUGCUUGUCUCAUUUGACAUAUCUAUGAAUUGUUAUACCCAGAUAUUUGAUAGACUCCACCUCCCCAAUAUGCCCCUCCCCCAAUUUUAUAUUGGCAUAACAUUUUAUGGGUACAUUUCCAGACCCUUAUUUAUAGGAACUUCUUUCUUCAGCAUAUUAUUUCCUAUGAGAAGGUUCAUCAAUUUUGUCCACCCUCACCAUAUGUUCGACGUACGGCCCCCGUAAAUACUCCAGCGCGCAGAAAAAAACAUCUAAUACCAAAAUAGGUACAAAUAAUUUCAAUUAUUGUUUUCAUUUGUACCCCAGGGUACGAUUCUAGGGUUAAUAACAAUGUAGACGCAUCUACUACCAUUUUAACUUAAGUCCUAUUUCAAAAAUCCUAUAACUACAAAUUCAAAAGGCGUAAUUUCAUCAGGUAAAUAAAACCCUACCAUACUUGGUAUCAAAUGUUAUCGAACUUCUUGAUGUGGACCCUCAAGAAGAGGAAGAAGAUGGUGCAGUGGUAGAUUUAGAUUCUCAACGCAAAGGCAAAUGUGCAGUAGUGAAGACAUCUACAAGGCAGACAUACUUUCUACCAGUUAUUGGAUUGGUAGAUGAAGAGAAAUUGAAGCCUGGUGAUCUUGUUGGUGUUAACAAAGACUCCUACCUUAUCUUAGAAACUUUGCCUGCAGAGUAUGAUGCUAGGGUCAAAGCUAUGGAGGUAGAUGAGAGACCAACAGAACAAUAUUCCGAUAUUGGUGGUCUAGAUAAACAGAUUCAGGAACUGAUUGAGGCUGUGGUACUCCCAAUGACACAUAAGGAUAAGUUUGUUAACCUUGGCAUUCACCCACCCAAAGGUGUAUUGCUGUAUGGCCCACCUGGCACCGGCAAAACCCUGUUGGCGAGAGCGUGCGCGGCGCAAACAAAAUCUACGUUCUUGAAGUUGGCUGGACCCCAAUUGGUGCAGAUGUUCAUCGGUGAUGGCGCUAAACUUGUUAGGGACGCUUUUGCGCUGGCCAAAGAAAAGGCCCCCGCUAUCAUAUUCAUCGACGAAUUGGACGCCAUUGGAACCAAAAGAUUCGAUUCAGAGAAAGCUGGCGACAGGGAAGUGCAACGUACGAUGUUGGAGUUGCUGAAUCAACUCGAUGGUUUUAGUUCCACUGCAGAUAUCAAAGUUAUCGCCGCCACAAACAGAGUUGACAUAUUGGAUCCAGCGCUAUUGAGAUCUGGCAGAUUGGACCGUAAGAUCGAGUUCCCGCACCCCAACGAAGAGGCACGUGCCCGCAUUAUGCAAAUCCAUUCUAGGAAAAUGACUGUCAAUCCAGAUGUCAACUUCGAAGAGUUAGCACGGUCAACAGACGAUUUUAAUGGGGCACAGUGUAAAGCUGUCUGCGUAGAGGCUGGUAUGAUUGCUCUGCGUCGAAACGCGACGGCAGUAACACACGAAGACUACAUGGACGCCAUUAUGGAAGUACAGGCCAAGAAGAAAGCGAACCUUAACUACUAUGCUUAAUUGUAUUAUUAUAUUAUUUGUCAGCUUAAAAUAUUUCUAAAUAAAUUCUUUUAUAAUUGUGUA